ACGAUUAUCGUUUACAUGGCUAAUAUAAAUACUUUUGAAAACGUUACUGUACGAUUUGCAUUACGUAUUAGACCAUUAACGGCUGAAGAACUGGUUACUUUGCCUGCACCACUUCAAAAGAAUGUUCUUUCCACAACACCAUUUACUCCAAAUCAAGUUACCGUUCAAGGAGAAAGGAAACAAUCAUAUAUGUUUGAUCACGUUUUCGGACCCGAGAUAUCACAGAAAGAGAUUUAUGAUCGUGUUGUAAUGAAUCUGGUGGACAAGUUCUUAGAUGGUUUCAAUUCGACUAUCAUAGCGUAUGGUCAUGCGUCAUCGGGCAAAACGCAUACACUCGGAUUGCCGAAUGAUGUUCCCCAAUCGAAUGAAUCGAAGGGUAUAAUUUCGCGAUCAAUGUCCACGUUGUUCUCCUGCAUAAAUUCAGCCCAGUACAAAGCGCGAAAAUUCGCUAUGAGAAUUUCUUUUGUAGAAAUACAUGAUAAUUUUUUAAUCGAUCUUCUUGGUGAUAAAGAUUCGCAAGCUCUUGUUCGUGAAGAUUCAAAUAAUCGAAUAUAUUGGAAAAAUAUGAAAGAAAUUAAAGUUAAUAGCGUGGAUGAGAUAAUGAGACUUUUAUCACGCGGUGCAUUAAAUCGAAAAAAUUCAAAUUUGGAUACGAAUGCAAGCUCUUUGCGAGGACAUCGUGUUUUCACGGUAACUCUUUCACAGCAAAAGUUUGUCCCAUCAAAUGGUAUGCCGGCUAAUUCUAGCAAUAUACCACCAACCAAUCCAAAAUUUAAUUUUGGAAAAUCCAAGUCAAAAGAAGAUGUAAAGACGAAUAAACAUGAUGGUGAAUGGAUCGCUGUGACAAGUAAAUUUCAUUUUGUGGAUUUGGCUUGGAACGACAUGAAAAAUGUUGAUACCUCGGUGAAUCCACAAGAAAAAGAAAGUCAUUCUCUUAAUUCAGCUAUUCUUCCCUUAGGAAAUGUGAUUAGCAAUCAAGGAAUGGCGUCUGAUAAAGAAUAUAAACAUAUGCGAACACUUAAAGAUUAUAUUGGUAACAAUGCUCAAACGUUAGUUAUAUCAUGUGUUUCUCCUGCGAUAAACCAAAUCAAAGAAACUAUAAACACCUUGGAAUACGUAACUCAAGCACGAAGCCUCAAAAAUACUUCUACAGUUCAUCAUGAGGUGGGAUGGCAUAAUUUGGAACAUUUGCAGGACCUUGUAUUGAAACUCAGAACUGAAGUAAGAGCACUAAGAGCAUCUGUAAAAACUAAUUCUGAAAAUUCAAUUUCGGAUUUGACUUCAUCAUCUCAUGAUAUACAAUUGAUAGAGAAACAGGAUUCUCAAAUGACAAGAGAUAUUAAUGGAAUUAUUAUUAAUCAAAAUGAUCAAAAUGAUCAAAAAGAUAAAGAUAUUGAUGAACUUGAAGAAAAAUUAUCUCAUCUUCAACGUUCUUAUGCUGAAAUUUCCCAAGAUUUACCAAUUAAUAAUAUUAUUAAUUUAGAUGGUGGUAUUCUUUCUAAAGAAAAUUUAUCAACUAUUAAUUUAUUGGUAAAACACUUGGAAUCAUUCAAAGAUGAUGAUGAAUCAAGUUUUAUUCAACGUAUAUUACCUAGUUUUCAGAAGGCACUUGGUCCUGUGAUUCAAGAAUAUGAAAAAUCUAUUACUUCACUUGAAAAUCAACUUUCAAUUGUCCGUACGGCUUUAAAUCACUCAGAAAGUAUGAUGAAUUUACAAGAAGAUAAACUACAGGAAGCGGAAGAGCUUAAUAAUCGAAAUAGGAGUUUGAUUAAUGAUCUCAAAAUCAAGAUUUCUAAAUUAACUGAACGAGAAGAAACAACUGAGAUUUAUAUAAAAGACCUUGAAGCUAAACUUGAUUCUGAAGCAAUGGUUAAAAAGAAAGAUCAGGAAAUUAUUAAUGAGCUUAAAAAUCAAAUUAGUAAAAUGAAUGCUGAUGACGGAAAUGUUGAAAAUCGUAUUAGCUCUAUUGAAUCACAUUUAGAAUAUAAUGAGGAUCAAGUUGCUGCCGCAAGCCAAACUGCCAAAGAUCUUGAAAAAGCAUUGUGCGAGAGAGAUGAAGCCUAUGUCAAUUUAAAAAAAAGAUUAGAAAAACAACAUAUUAUCAAUGAUGAAGAAAAGAAAUGGUUAAUUGGAGAAAUUGAGAUGAGAGAUCAUAGAAUCUCACAAUUGGAAAAGAAAGUUGAUGAUUUGGUUAACGAAAUCGCACGUUUAAAACAAUCACACGUUGAUUACAAUUCUCACUCGGGUCAUCACUCUAGGUCAUCAUCUUUAACAUCUGUUGAUAAUGUAUCUCUAACUGAUCAACCUAAAUUAGAAACAAUAAUGCAAAUUAAAGAUAUUCCAUCAGUUUCGCAACUUGAAUCAAAAUUGUGUGAUCUUCAAAAGAUACAUCAUGAGACAAUGUGCGAAUUAGAAGAUAUUAAGAACAAAUAUCAGACAUGUCUUAAAGAACUUAGUAAUCUUCAUACACAAGUUGAUGAAGCAAAAAAGUGUAAAAAAUCACCAUCAGUAACUUCAUCCAAUAAUUCGGACGCUGCACCAACGGUAAUCUCGGAAAAUUUAAGUGAAACUCUUGAUUAUACUCCACGUCAUCACGUAAACUAUCACAAAGCAAGAUCAAAAUCGGCAGAAAUUCAGGGAUCAAAGAAACAUGAUCUCACAAAUGCUGCAAUAAUUCAAAAUCUUCAAAUAGAAUUAAGGCAAUUGGAAGUUCUUCAUGCUGACAAAGCACGUGGUUUGGAUACUAUGAAGCAAGAAUUUGCUCGCCUUGAAAUUAAUUAUCGUGAAACUCUUGAAAUCGUUGAAGAGCUUCGGGAAGAAAUAAAACAUAGAGAUGCUCUGAAUCAACAAGAAUCUACCUCUGUAGUCAUAUCGGAGUAUACUCAAACAGAUGGAUAUUAUUCGAUGGCGACCAUAGGCCAGACCAAUCAGCGUGAACUCAUACAAAAACUUAAAGAAGAAAUUGAACAUCUCGAAGAAGAACAAAAGGUUGCACUGAAAACCCUUGCUGAACAUAAAAAAAAUUAUAAUAUUGAUGCAGUAACAAGAAUACAAACAAGCAUCGUAGAGCUUAAAGCUGAUAUUCAUCGAAUUCUCGAGUGUGAUCAAGAUUCGGACAAGUCACGUGUUGAUACCGUAAAUCGGUUACAAUCAAGAUUGAAAGAACUUGAAGAACAACUAAUAAAGGAGCAAGAAAUUAUUGGACGAUCUCAAGUUAAUGAAGGUGUUGAAACUCCUUUUGAUGCGUUACAACAAACGGAACAGGUCAAUGUCAUCUUAAUGCUUCAACAACAAGUGAGCAAACUUCAGAAUGAAAUUGAAGUAAAAGGUCAUGUGAUAGCUGUCUUAAAGUCUCCAUCAGUUGAUCAACAAUAUAUCAUCGAAAGACUUGAGGAUGAAUUACAUUACUUGAGAGAAGUUCAACGACUCGCUAUUGAAGCAAAAAACAAGUUAUCUGUGGUGCCUGAAAAUGAAGUGACGAAAAUAGGAGAUGAGAUUGUUAGUGACUGUUUGGAACAAUCUUCAGAUGUUUAUAUAAAAACAUUGGAAGAAAAAGUCGGAAGUCUUGAAGCUCAAUUGGAAAUGACAAAAGAAACGCAAGUUAAAUCAUACAUUGAUUCUUCACAAAGGGCUGUUGAUAUCCUUCAGGAAAAACUAAAAUCUCUUCAGCAACAACUUGAUGCAAAAUCCGAGACUAUUGAAACUUUACGAAUUGAGCAAGAUAUUGCAACCGUUCUCCAAGAACAACUUGAUAAUUUAAAAAAUGAUAUUCAAAAGAAAUCUGAUGUGAUUGAAACGUUGAAGAAAGAUUUGAUGGAUAGUAGUUUGCUUGAGCAAAAGUUAUUUCAAAAAGAAGCACAAACUUUAAACUUAAAAAAAAAACUUUCUCAGAUGCAAGAACAAGAAGAAAGUUUACAGAAAGAAAUGUCUGAAUUAAAGAGAAGAUUGAGUAACUUAACUAGUGGUGAUGAUGUAAAUAAAGUUCUUCAAAAUGAAUUGGAUAGUCUACGAAAAGAACUUCAAGACGUCCGUGAAAGAGAAUUCAUCGCACUUGAAAGGCUUCAGCUCCUAAAAAGUAGAAUAGAUUAUGAUUCUGAGGAGUCUCAAUUGCAAGAACAAUUAGACUAUUUGCGAAGUAUAGAGAUGAUGCAAAAGAACAGAAUAACAGUAUUGGAAAAUAAAAUUUUGGAGAAAGGUGAACAUGUCGAUGAAUUUCUUUUUCAACUUCGAACUGAUUUGGCUUUAGCCAAAGAAUCUAAAGUUUUACACCUCAGGACAAUAGAGGCUUUAGAAACAAAAUUACAAAACCUUGAAGAUAGAACUUUAGCCAGCACAUUACAACUUGAAAUGGCAGAGAUGAGAUUUAAAGAAUCUCAACAAUUAGAAAAAAUACGCAACCUUGAACUGAAUUUGAGUCGUCAAACUGCAAAUGAUAUUCAUCAUAUUAAAUGCAUGCUUGAGGAAAUUAAAAAUAUUCAUAGCCAUGAAUGGAAACAAUCAAAGGACAUUGAACUUACAGAAACAUCUUUAGAAUUAAUAAAGGGUGAAUCUGAUGUUUCUCUUCUUAAGGACGAGAUAACUAACCUAAAAAAUUCAAAAGUUACUCUUAACAAAACCAUUCAAGAUCUAAAAUUCAAACUUGUAGAAUCACAAGAAAAACUUUCGAAUCUUGAAAUUUUAAAAUCAGAAAUAAGUAAUCUGAAAAAAUUAGAGAGUGAACAAAAAAAUACAAUUGAACAAUUACAAUUACAGCUUUCAGAAAUCAAAAAUUCCAGAGAACUUUCAAAGAACGAACUGGAACUUAUGAAAAAAGGAAUUAAUCAUCAGAAUGAAGUUAUCGAAUCUCUCGAAAAAGAAGUGAUAAAUUUGAGGCAAGAAUUAUUCACCGCGAAAGAAAUAAAUGCCUCAUCAACUCUAGAGUUAGAAAAAAUGUCUGAAAAAUUGAACACAGCUCAGAAACAAUAUGAUAAUGAACAAAAACGAGUUAAGGCUUUAGAAGUUGAAAUAGAGACAUAUAAAAUUGCCGGCACAAACACUGACAAAAAUGUAAUUGCUUUACGAGAAGCGUUAGCCAACACCAAACUUGAGAUGGUUGCUCAAAAUGAAAUUUUGGCUGAACUUGAAACCGAAAUGAUGGCUAUCGAGAAAAAACGUGAUCAUCAUAUUGAACUCGGAGAAAAAUUAGCAACAAAGCUUCAAGAACAAGAAUUUGUUCAUAAGGAAGCUGUCACAGGUCUUGAGUCAAAACUCUCAAAUUUAGAAACAAAACUUGCGAAAGCGCAAGAUUCUUCUUUUCAAAGCAAAAAAAUAAUCACCAAUCUCGAACAAACCCUUGUGAAAGUUCAAUCACAAUUAGAGGAUGCUCGGUUAUCAGAAGUUAAACAUACACAAUUCAUUACAGAAUUGCAAGAUAAAUUAAUAGAAACAAAUACAGUUUUGAUGGAAAGAGAAAAGCAGUUGACCACUCAAGAUUAUCAAAUUGCCGAGUUGGAAGCAGUUUUACAUAAAACACAAAUAGAACUUGAAAAGGCUAAAGUAUCCGAACAUGAAGCAGAGGAACGUGUAAAACAAGUAGAAGCAAAACUAUCAGAGAUCGCUUUCAGAUUAGGUAGUAGUCAUUCUAUCGAAGAAUUCGAAGCCGCCAAGAAGAUGGCUGAAGAACAAUCAAUACUUGUUAAAGAGCUUGAAGAAAUAUUGGAACAGAUUCAAAACCAAACAUGUGCGGAUGCCGAAAUUUCAAAUGCCAAUAUUGCCAAAAUAAGCGCGGAACUAGAAGAAGCUCGAGCAGCUGAAAUAGCAAAAUCAGCUUUAGUUAAAGAUUUAGAGGAAAUGCUGAAAGCAAAAAAUAAUAAUGUAUUAGAGUUAGAACGAACGUUGAUGAAUUCAAACGAAGAACUUGAAAAAAUUAAAGAAUCUGAGUCAAUACAUAUGGAAAUGGUAGCAAGUCUGGAAAGUAAACUUCUGGAAGUUGAAGCACAACGCGAAGAGGGAAUGCUCAAACUCAAAGAAGCAAACGAAGAAAUUAUUUUGAUUCAGAAACAAUAUAUGGACUUGCAAAAGCAGGUUGAGGAUUCUCAGUCUCAAUUAGAGAUGCAACGUGAGCAAAAGAAUAUUGAUGAUUUGUUGACCAAUCAAUUAAAAGAAGCCCAGAGUCAAGCAAAAGGACAUUUAAAACAAAUUGGAAUGCUUGAAGAAAAGGUUCAACAGCUUGAAAUUGAAAAGAAACAAGAAAGCGAACAUUAUACAAAUGCAACUGAUGAAUUAGCUCAACUUAAGAAAGAAUUUGAGUCAUUGGCCGAAGAAUUUGCAGAUGCUGCCAGUAAAUUUGAAAAUGCCGAUGAAUUAUCUAAACAACAAAAAGUUCGUAUUGAAAGCUUGGAAUCUUCCCUAAAUGAAGCAAAAAAAUUACACAGAAUAACACCCACUAUUCAAUUAAACGGUUCAACUGAAAUAACUGAAUCUUCCAAAUCAUUUGAUACUAAUUCUGCGAUAAAUACACUUACAAGUGCAAAUGAUGAACUCAUGGCAAGGAUUGUUGAAUUGGAAGCUCGUGCAGGUACAUUAACCGACCAAAAUAAAAACUUGCAAAAUGAGCUUUCAUAUUUCACCGCAAAUGAUAUGCGAGUUUUCGAAGAUAUGAAACAAAAGAUCAUUGAAUUUGAAGCAGUUAAAAAAGAAUUAAAAGAACUAGAAGAAAUAAAUGAAACCUUUUUUGAAGAAUGUAAGGUAUUGGAAGCCAAAGUUCAGUCCUUAAUGAAACAAUUAUGGUCUCUUACAAAUGGUGGAAAUGAAGUAGCUCUUCAGGUGGCGGAACUGAAUGAUCAAAUUGUAAAACGUGAAAAGGAAAUUUCAGACCUGAAAAUUAAAUCAUCAUCAGAAAUGAAGGAGGAAAUCUCACGGCUUUUAAAUGAAAAUGAAUCUCUCAAGAAAGCAAUGCAAAAAGCUAAUCUAGAAUCCACAAUUGAUUCUACAAAUCGUGGACAAAUUCUUGAUGCCAAUAAUGUAGAUAUCAAGAAGAAUAUUCACCAUCUUUCGGAUAAUUUAACAAAUGCUCCACCGCCUACGCCACCACCAAGUCACCCAUUACCUCCAGUACCAAUUUCAUUAUCACAACCUCCCAACAGCCCUAUUUCUCGGUCAACAACUCCAAGUGUGGCGCGUCCUCGCACGCCACUUUCGCCAAAACCUGAACACGUUCAUUCAGAACCUAUAUGCACGAAUUCAGAUCUUGUAUUAGAGAUUCAAAGGUUAAAUAAAAGAAUCGCAAAGAUUGAAGGAGAAAAUGUGCAAAAUCAACAACUUGUUGAAACACUAGAAUCUACUUUAAAUGAAAACGAGAUCAAUUUGAAUUUGGCCAAACAAGAAUUGGCAAUUAUCCAAA